CUCGUGAUAACAGCUCUUAAAAGAAGGCAUCAAUGGCAGAGAUAAGCUCGGCCAAGCUACUAUUUUGGUCGACUCAAGUCCCCCUGUUUACUCUGGGAGCAUGGGAGCGGACAUCAGGACUGUGGUCCUUGCAUUGGCCGUCUCCAUUUUCCAACCUUGUCGUCGCAAAAGUCCGUUUUCAGGCCCGGGCAGAAGGUAAAGUUUGUGCCACCUCAGCGGAUUAGAGCGGAUCUAGUUUCAACAUGCAGCGCUCCAGAUCCUUCCUGUUGCAGUUCUGCUUGUGCCUGGCGGUCUGCGCGGGCUUCUGCACCUGCAAACCUCUCAAUAAUGACCUGCAGAGCGGGGGGCCCGAGGGACGCUACUCCCAGCUGUCAGAGGAGGAUCUUCUGGACGAGGAAGAAGGCGACUUCAGGAUGCAGGAGCUCCUGGGAACAAUGAAGGACGGCUUUCUGAGGAAGCUCAACCUGUCGGAUGUUCCCCAGGAGAACGGCAGGAUCUGCCCUCCUCAAUUCAUGAUGGAGCUCUACAACAAGUACGCCUCGAACAGCUCGGCAAACCCUCAGUCUGAUGUCAUUCGAAGCUUCACCGUCCAAGAUAUCGCUGUGUCUGUAACAACCGGAACCAAGUCAAGGCACAGGCUGCACUUCAACGUCAGCAUCCCCAACCACGAGAAGAUCACCACUGCUGAACUGCAGCUCUUCUUCUUCUUCCUCCCACGGGGCGGACCCGGGGUCGCCUCCCGCAGCGUCGCGGCCGCCAUCGAGGUCUAUCAAGUAGACCGCGACGACGCCACCCCCACCACGCCAAUGCUGGCUGGUAAAGAGGUGACAGGCGUCGGCAGCGCGUGGGAGACCUUCGAUGUGACCGCAGCCAUUCGCAGCUGGAUCGAGUCGGGCCACGGGGCGACCGGGUUUGAUGUUGUGGUGCACGGGAAGGACUGCGGGGCCUCUGGAGACGGAGGAGGAGAAGCUGCAGGCUGUUUGAACCUGAGCGUGUCGGUCGGAGGGAACACUUCGGCGGCGUUGAUAGUCUUCUCGGACGAUUUGGGCAGCAAGGCGAGGGAAACAAAGAAGGAGUUAAGGGCAAUGAUCCUGCACGAAGAAGAGACCAUCCUACACUACGGCGCCGAAUGGACCGCGGGGGACCAGCUUCAAAACGAGAUCCCGCGAGUUCAACAGCCGCGCAGGCAGAAACGAAAGGCAGAGCGGGAGUACUGCCGGCGGACCUCUCUCAAGGUCAACUUCAAGGACAUCGGCUGGGACAGCUGGAUCGUGGCGCCUCCAGAAUACGAGGCCUUUGAGUGUCGAGGCCUGUGCCACCACCCGCUGACGGACGAAUCGACCCCGUCGAAGCACGCCCUGAUCCAGACGCUGAUGAACAUCAAGAACCCCGCCAAGGCCAACAUGGCGUGCUGCGUGCCCAUCAAACUGGACUCCAUCCCGGUCAUGUAUCAGGAGAACGGACGCCUCACCAUAAGAUACCUUUAUGAGGAGAUGAAGGUGGCAGAGUGUGGCUGCAGGUAGUCACAGAGAAUAUGGUUCAUACGCUGCAGUUAAUCCAAGUCAGUCUGAUUUUUGUUUGGCCCGUAGAAGAGAAGAGGAAUGUCAAAUGUAACUUUGCGCAUCCCGAUUUUGCAGCAGUUGCAGUUAAAAAAGAGCGUAGAACAUGGAUGUCUCCUACCGAGAUGGGUAAGAUUUCAAAAAGGCAACAGCAUGAGUGAAAGGGAUUGUGUUGACCAGGCUGACAUGGUGUGAGCAGGGUUACAUCCAGCGAUGAGCACUCAAGACAAGUACAGCUGAGGUUUAAUCGGGUGAAAAGGCAUCACUGGAUUCCCAAAAAGAAAAGAAAAGCUGUGUAAUAUCAACACAGAGGAACGACAGCAGAUGCAAGUAAUAUAAUAAAAGUCAUGCAAUUUCUUGCAUUAAACAUACUGCAUGUAGCUUUUCACACCGUAGUCAUGGAACAAUGCUAUGUGGCUUUUACAGUAAAUACGUUUUAAACUAAAAAGGAAACCUCUUGAGAGACCAACAAAAGGUCAGCUGCUACAUCAGCUGCUGUGAAUUAAAAAUGUCUUGUCAUUGUUUUUUGUUCUGCAUCUUGCAUCUUGCAUGUUAACAUCAAUAAGCAAAAAUCAAUCAAGGAGACAGACCUUUACAUUGUGUAUUUAAUAUUGGAUAUAUGUACAUACAAAACUGAACAAAACUGUAAAAUAAUAAACAAAAAAACAUAUCUAAAAAUUAAUCUAAUCUGUUAUUGGACCUCAUUGGUUACUAUUACAAAAUAAAAUGAUUUUUGUUUUUUUGGAGUUCAUCAGUGAUGUUAUUAAAAUAAAUUAAUUGACCUGUUUGGAUAGAUAGGAUGACAUUUAAUCACAACCUUCUAUUUUUUAAUCAUGUACUAGUUGUUGUGUAAAUCUGUACAUUAUCAUUGAAGUGUAAUUUGUUAAUAUAUACCUAGAUAUAGAUAUAUAGAUAAAUAUCUCCAUACAUACUUGUACAGUGUUCAGCUUGAACAUGCAUCACUGAGUGGAGAGUUUUUAUUGAACUGUAUGUCUUGUGUAUAUUUUCCCUUAAAUGAAUAAAGAAUCUGGUCACAAA